CCGCGCGAUUUGGAGCUGGAGGAAGAUUUCGAAAUGGCGGCCUUCGGACAUACUGAAAGUUACAUUCCUGGUAAUUCAUCGAUGGAUUCUUCAGAGAGUGCCGAAAGCGACAGUACUUUUUCUGGACCAGACGUGCCAGCACACCCACCUUGUGACUGUGUAGGAAAAUUGUGUGCUACAAAAUCCACAACUAAGCGCAAAGGAUGCAUUUGUAGAGAUGGUCAGCGAAAAUGUUCAUCUCACUGUCGUUGUGGGAGGCAAGGACAGCCGUGCAAAAACAAGGUGCAUAUUAAUUCACCUACACAAAAUGCAACAAACGAGAGUGUUGGUAAAGAUGAAGAAGACCAACAAGAAAACCUUGUUGUGGAGACGUUCAUUGAGACCCUGCCAAUCAGAGAGUUGGAGAAGUUGGUCUCUGUUAAGUAUAAAUGUGGAGUUGGUAGCAUGGAAUUUAUCCAGAGUGUUUUACAGGAAGAUGCACAGCAGAAAGACAUUCAGUCAAAUGACCCCAACUUGCCACAGUGGUGUAAGUGUGGAAAAUGCAGAGAAAUGCAACGUGACAUUGAAAAUAAAUGUUGCAAUAAAGCUGAAUGCAUUACGUCAAGGCGAAAAUUUUCAAAAUUCUGCCUUGAUCCAGAAAACUUAGAAAUGGUGAUAAAAAAUACCACAGACAUCAGAAAUGACAGAAGAGACAACAGCACACGUGCAUUUCGCAAGGCAGGAUACAGACAAUUUGUCUUGUGGCAACAUGGCUAUCUUGGGAAAGGCAAUCGCAAGGUGGUCCCAUCUUGUGCUGUUUUAUGCAUCAGGAGCAAGUACCCCUCACCAACUGGCAUAUAUAUGGGUUUCAAAGAACAUUAA